AUGCCCUCGCAUUGUGCUCGCACUUUCCGUCACCCAGUCCGCGGCAGCUUGAGCACUCAUCUGAGUCUGCUCUAGUACUAGCUGCCUGCACGAACAGGCUCAGCGCCAAUGAGUUUUUCCGACGUUCACUCGCUGCUUCGGCGGAGAGAAACGGGCUCGUCAGGAGGCGCUGCCCGAGCGGUCCACCAGCACCUCAAGCGCCGGACGCUAGCGGCGGCGCUCGCAUCGCAGCGCGCGUGGCAGAGCCACUCGAUCGCCAUCCCGCUGGCGGUGGCGUUCUCCGAGCGCCGGGACGAGGCUCAUAUAGCGGCGGUGGGCGACGAGCUCGGUUUCGUCAAUGUCGUCAACUCGCUCCCGACGCUUUCCAUGUGCGCGCAAGCUGAUAGCGGGUCAGACCGUAGCGCGUACACGGGGCGGCCAUCCACCACGUGGCAUGCACACGAUAACUCGGUGUUCGACGUGUGCUGGCUCAAGGUACGGAUGGCCGUCGCCUGCUCGCGUGCUCCGGCGAUCGCACGGCGUCGUGCUGGCAGGCGGCGCCGAGCGGGGCUGCGCGACUAGCCGUGCUGCGAGGCCACGGCGCCACCGUCAAAUGCGCCGCUGCUCAUCCUGA